CGAGGGGCCAUUGGGGGGAUAAUUUAGGACCCAAUUCCUUAUUGCUUGGUGCCUUGAUGCCUUGGUGCCUUUACCAGUUCCAGACAGUGCCGCUAUAAGGGCUAAUGGGCGAGAGACGAGGGAUGAGGUACCACUGGGGGCGUUAGGGUGCUUCGGCCGUGUGUGGCCGGGAAUGACGAAUACUUGCCAUGCGUUUCUGUCAUCGUCGAAUUAGACAAGAAAAAAAGAGGAAACACAAAUCACAAAAGCCCGAGGGCCCUACUACUGAGUACCUAGGUAGUAAGACUGCUACUUGCUGGUAAAAGGAUCCUGGCCCUAAGUAGCCCUAGCACCCUCUCCUCCCUUCCAUCACCAUCUGUCUCUCCUUGGGUCAUCCAUUUAUCCAUCCAUCGUUUGUUAUCCUCCUUACAGCAGCAGCAAUAGCAGCAGACGAUUACCAUCCUAUUAACAACCCAAAUUUAUCACUCAGCGCGCACCUUCUCUCUCGGUCCCUCUUCCCCCUCAAUUCCUUCUUUCCCAUUCUUAACCCCCAUAAAUACCUUCGCCGUGGCUGCAUCGAUCUCUUUUCGCUGCAUCAAACCACAGCGCCUGAUUACCACCCCACUUCCAACAACACUUUUUACCACAACAACCAAACCAACAAGCCCAAGAGCCAUCAACAAGCUCUCUUCUCAUCUCAGUCAACGAAACUUCAGCACCAGCAACCCCAGCAAAUUUACACAAACACCCAACAAAAUGGUUGUCCAUAACCUCGCAGAGUACGUGGCCUACCAUCAAGCGAAACUGCGCAAUGAAUCCCAAUCCCAAUCCUCUGCUGCUGCUUCCACUACACCCCGCCCUGCAAAGAAAUACGGUGUUAACCCAAUCCACAGUAAAUCCUCAUUCAACACGAGCGUCGUGUCCGCUCCCGCAGAACGCCUAGUCGUUCUCGACUGUUUCGCCACAUGGUGCGGCCCUUGCAAAGUCAUUGCCCCAGAAGUCGCCAAGUUCUCCGAGUCGGAGGAAUUCAAAGACAAGGUCGACUUCUACAAGGUCGAUGUCGACGAGGUUCCAGACGUCGCUCAAGAGCUAGGUGUUCGUGCCAUGCCUACCUUUAUGCUCUUCAAGGGCGGUGAAAAGGUCGGCGAGGUUGUCGGUGCCGAUAAGAGAGCUCUCAGAGCUGCUAUUGAGAAGAAUUUGUAGUUGAGUUGUUGAUGUUUUGACGAACAUGCAACUUUCUACGAGAUUAAAAAAACACUACAAUACACAUUGCUCUUUUUGAAUAACGCACUGCGAUAUCACAAACAAUCAAAACAAAACAACAAUUGGGUUCAAUUCAUUCUCAGACUACCAUGCCAUCCAUGGACGUCAGAUCUGUUUACAGGGGGGGAAUGGGUAUUGGAAUUGGAAUUGGAAUAGGAAUGAAUUUCCAAUGUUGAGUCUCCUUGAUCCGUGGAACUCGGGUCUCCCUAGAGCAAGUUGUGCUUGGUUCCGGCUUUGAAAUCGGAUUGCGGGACAAUAUCGUCAUCUCAGCAAAUGGGGCUGCUUCCCAUAAGCUGUUUUCCAGCCAAUCAUGGUCUAGGUCGAUUCAAAGUCGACUCAAAUACUCUACCUAGUUGAAUAGAUGUUUCGAAUUAUCCUGCUUCACAAAUA